GCAGUCUUUGAAAUAACAAAACCCCAAAAUUGGACCCUCCCCUCACUCGAGGUGUUCGUCUGCUUAAACCCUACAUCGCCAGAUUUCAGGGUUUUAAGUUCCAACUAAUUGUCACAGACUGUAAUAUCAUUAUCGCCUCUUGUUUCCAAAUGUCUACUCUAUCACGUUGAUUGUCACUUUUCUUUUAUUUAUGCACAAUUGGAAGAUAUCUUCUUACUUUCUCUGAUCGAUUCAAUUCGAGUUUUCCUGCAAUGUCGGCGAAUCAAAAGACAGAAUCACCAGAUACAUUAAAAUACGAAGUGUUCAGCUGUAAAGAUGCACCAAAAAAGCAUGCUGCAUCAGUUGGCACAAAAGAAGACAACCCCUUCGAUUUUGUUCGAGUUUUGUUGGAUGGUGCUAUAGCUGGAGCUGCUGCUGGAGUUGUUGUGGAAUCUGUAUUAUAUCCACUUGACACUAUUAAAACCCGACUUCAAACAGUUCGUGGUGGAGGAAAAAUUAUCUUGAAGGGUUUGUACUCUGGUUUGGCUGGAAAUCUUGCAGGUGUCUUACCUGCAUCAGCCAUAUUUAUUGGUGUAUACGAACCUACAAAGCAAAAGCUACUGAAGAGCUUCCCUGAAAAUCUUAGUGCCCUGGCUCACCUGACCGCAGGUGCUGUUGGAGGAGCUGCUUCUUCUAUUAUACGCGUACCAACAGAGGUUGUUAAGCAAAGGAUGCAGACUGGGCAUUUUGCUUCAGCCCCUGAUGCUGUUCGCCUUAUUGUUGCUAAAGAGGGCUUUAAAGGGCUUUUUGCGGGGUAUAGUUCUUUUCUGUUGCGAGACUUGCCUUUUGAUGCCAUCCAGUUUUGCAUAUACGAGCAGCUUCGAAUUGGGUAUAAACUAGCGGCGAAAAGGAAUCUUAGUGAUCCUGAGAAUGCUGUGAUCGGUGCUUUUGCAGGUGCAAUCACAGGAGCUGUAACAACACCAUUAGAUGUGAUAAAGACUAGGUUGAUGGUUCAGGGAUCAUCAAACCAGUACACAAGUAUCUCCCACUGUGUCGGCACCAUUUUAAAGGAAGAAGGGGCUUCUGCAUUUCUAAAGGGUAUGGGGCCGAGGGUUCUGUGGAUAGGUAUUGGAGGCUCCAUUUUCUUUGGUGUUCUUGAAAAGACAAAGCAGCUACUUGCAGCAGAAAGAGAGGACCAUAAGCUAAGUUAAAACUUCAUUCUUUUAUGACUAAAUUACAGAUUUGGUCCCUGUGGUUUAUGGAAUCAGCUUGUAAACUUUAUUUAUCAAGUAGAUUAGCCGGUGGUAUGAGUGGUAUGCAAUUCUUUUCAUGGGUUCUGAAUCAUACCACCAUCCAUUAAUUGUGAGGGCAUUUUCGUAUUUUUCUCUGUUUUAAUAUUUAAUAUUUCUCCUUUUUAACC